AUGUCUACGCUUUCAGAAGCUGAUGUUGAAAAUCUUGUGGCGGAAUUGCCCAGCACAGAUGAAGAUACAGAACAAGUUUGCCCAACAGAGAUAUCUGACUAUAAAAACGAGGACGAAAACCACAGAAGCGAGACUUGUGGCGAAACAAUCGAGCGAAAAUUAAGCGAGCACGUGGUUGAUGUUGCUGGUAAAGACGAAGCCGAAGUCAACAGGAAACAUUCAACUUGCGAGGAAUGUCAGAACCGCAAAGACGAAAUUACAGAAAUAAAAGCGAUUAUAAACAAAAUUAAAACUAACCAAAACGAAGACCGAGAAAAAUCAAUUAUAAAAGCGAUAGAAUCGGACGAAAGGAUAAAAUCCUUGCACGAGGAAAACUCCAAAAUGACGGAAGAGAUCAAAUGUCUUAAAGCUACAAUAUCCGAACUUGUCACUGACAAUGAGAACAUAAAAAAUAUUCUCGACGUCAAGCAGAAUGAAUGGCUGAAAAUAGCGGAAAACCCGAAUCCAUCAAAAUGUAGUAAAACUGCAACAACGCCGCCUACAACCUCAGUACAAAACCAGUUUGAACUGCUCAAUGAUGAAAAUUGUGAGAGCGGAAUAUCAUCGCAUGAAUUAGACUCAAACGAGCAAACGAACACGUACGUAAAUAGCCAGAUUCAUGAAUAUAGAUCAAAGGCACAAUCGAAGUUUGAAAACCGAAAGAACCAAACUCAUGCGCAGCAGAAGGAAAAGAAGAACCAUGUCCAUGCAAAGAAGACCGGAUCCAAAAAUGAAAUUAAAAAAGUCCUGGUAAUCGGCGACUCGAUGGUGAAACACAUCGAUCGGGUGAAAAUUGAGCGAGCUGCAGGUUGCCAAUCAGUCGUCCACUCUUACAGCGGCGCAAGAGUGGAACAAAUCAGUUCUAAAAUUAAAGAAUAUUGGUCAGAAGGGGAGCAGUAUGACACAGUUCUCCUUCACGUGGGCACCAAUAACCUCGCUUCUGAAGAGCCAGAAGAA